AUGUCUGAUUCAUCCGAUUGUACCAUUCAAGUCUCAGGUCUGGGUCCAAGUACCACUGAAGAAAGUCUAGAUCAAUUCUUUUCAUUUUGUGGCAAGAUCAAAUCCAUCACUCGUCAUGAAAAGACAGCCACGAUCGUAUUCGAAAAAGCUUCAGCUGCUAAAACCUCCUUGAUGCUCAAUGGUGGCACUUUAGAUUCGACUACCAUCACCGUCACUGGUACUGAGUCGGCUACUAGUGCAGAAGACUCCAGUCCGAACCCUGUUCGACCUGUUAGUGCUGAAGGUGAUGAAGUUAAACAAGAGGAUAAACCGCGUUCAGCGAUCGCAGCCGAAUAUCUUGCACAUGGAUAUGUGUUAGGUGAUCAAGCGAUCGCUAAAGCUAUUGCUCUGGAUCAACAACAUGGGAUUUCCAACAAGUUUUUAGACUAUUUCAAAAAGAUUGACACAAAGUUUAAAGUCAGUCAAAAAUCAACACAAGCAUCAGCACAAGUCACCACCAAAGCCCAAGCUGUUAAUAACCAAACAGGUGCCACCAAUAAAUUAGGUUCACUCUUUUCAAUGGGACGUCAAUACUAUGAAAAAGCUUUAUCUUCAUCCCAAGGUUCAAAAGUUCGAGAAUUCUAUACAAAAACCUCUAAACAAGUUUUAGAUGUUCAUGCAGAAGCCAAAAGGAUUGCAGAAGAAAAAGCCGGUCAUCCAGUCUUUGAACCACUUAAGAAAUCAAAUCAACCUAAAACUACAACUUCAACUUCAGAAGAAGUUCCAGGUUAUGAUCUUUCAGAUGAAGUCGUCAAUGAUAAUCAAACGGAUGUUAAAAAAUGA